AGUCCGACUAGCUGACUUUCUGCUAUCACAGGAGGUGUUGCUCAGUUUCCGGAGACCCCUCAGCCACGGUUGCUCCUGGAGGAAGUGAAAUAAAGAUGACUUAUCAGACUACAGACAGCGAAAUGGAGCUGAAAAGUCUUGAAGGUACUUCAGACAAUCCUCAGCUUUCAAGAGUGAGUAAUACGACAUCAAAGAGAAGAGUGAGUUACCUAACAUCUGCAGCAAAUGAAUCUGAGAGACAAGUCCUGACAUUUAGGCACAGCACAAAAGCUCAGGAGAAGACAAGGAAAAGGCAGCAGCCGGUAAAGCUAGAGCCUCUGCCAGUGCUAAGAGCCUACCAAGAUCAUAAGCAGCCGGAAUAUAUACACGAACAGAAUCGCAUUCAGUUAAUCAGUCGUGGAAUCCUUAAACCACGGGCAAGCAUAGCAGAAAGGAGUUCUAUCAAGUCUCUUACUCCACUGGAGCCUCAAGAUGUUAUGGGGAUAAAGAAGAUCCAUCGGCCCUCUGUUGAGGUGUUCUCUCCUUCUCCUCCUAAACUGCCACGUACUGGUAUUGGAAGAAGAGGCCUCUUUGGGACUAGGUCUUCCAUGUAUCCUAAGUACGUUUUCCACGACCCGGAAGAAGUCGUUAAAGCCAACAUCCGUGAUCCCUUGCAAAUCAUUAAAAUAGUACGUGAAAAUGAAACUCUCGGAUUUCUUUAUAUGAUCCCUGCAGUGCCAAGGUCUUCCAUUGAGUAUGACACGUAUAAUCUCAAAGUUGUAAGUUAUGAAAACAUCAACAAAAAUGAUUACUAUACUAUUAGUCAAAAGGCAGUGACACAUGUUUACAAUAAUGACAUCGAAUAUAUAGAAAUUGAUCGAUGGGAAAAAGAAUAUCUGUAUCACAGAGAACUUACUAAGAUCCCCAUAUUCGCACUUUUCCGGAAAUGGAAGGCUUUCAACGUGUGGAAGAAGAAUGUACGCUCCAAGAAAAUCACGGCAUGUCGAGAUUCUCUACAAAAAAAUCUGUUCAUUGUUAAUCCUUAUUUGCGACCAGCUCUUCUUAAAAUAAGUGAAUUGUGUUAUCAAAUCAGCUUCAUGGGACUUUGUUAUAUCGAAAAAUGUCACACCUACACACUGCAGGAAUUUAAGGCUGCACAAGUCAUACGUCUAGAGGAGGUGACAGAACUCCUAGAAGAAUUUCGAAAUAUGGCAAAAGAGGUGGUCAGAAAGGCUUGUCGACUUGCUCUGCGUGCUGUAGGAUUUAUUCCUGAUGACUGUGCAUUUGAACCUGAGGAGGAUUUUGAUAAAACAGUGAACGUUGAAAUGCCAUUUGAGACACCCACCUACGGCGACUCUGAGAAAAUGACAUACACAGAACAGGCCAGCAAGAGGCACCACUGCAUGAGGCUCACGUGCUUUAUCCGUCUAAAUGACUAUCUCAUUGAGAACACCCUGCAUGUCUUAACCGUGAAUUCUGCUAACUCUCUUUUGAAUUACCUCACUGACAAAAUAAAACGGACCCCUUCAGCGGAUGUCAUUCAGAAAUGGAUUACCGAAGAGAAGCCUGAAGCCACUGACAAAAAGGGGGCUCCUGUGGUGGAAAAGCAGGAAGAAGAUGAGUCUCUCAUCCCCAUGUUUGUCACAGAACUGAUUCUGACUGUCCAGUCCCUCCUCUUUGAGCCGUCUCUGGAAGACUUUCUGGAUGGUAUUUCAGGUGCAAUUAACCACUUGCAAAACACCGUGUUAUCAGUUCCUAAACUGGUGCCUGACUGGUAUUUUGAUGCUUUCACCAGCCCUUAUAUUAACAACAAACGUGAGGAGAAAACCUGCGGAUCUGGGCCGAGCUUAUCAGCUGUGUUUGAUGAUGACAAGAAUUUUCACACAAUUGUCUUUCAAAUAAAGGAAAACAUUCAUGCAGCAUUCCAAUCUGCCCACUUAUAUGCGGCUACAUUUGAAAGGUUCCAUAUAUUCUUUAGGGAAAAUGAAAGUCUGGAUCUACAAGCUCUGAAACUUCAGGAACCUGAUGUGAAAUACUUCAGUGAGCAACUGGAAAAAUAUCACAAGCAGCACAAGGAUGCAGUGGCCCUAAGAGCCGCCAGGAACGUAGGAUUGUUGCUCAUUGACACUAAACAACUAAAAGAAAAACUGAUUCCAUCACCUUUGCGAUGCUUGGAGGUAUUAAAUAUCAUGCUUCCUCAUUUAAGCAAGAAAAAAGUGGAUGACAUUAUCUCUGAGGCACAAGAUGCAGAGUACAAGCUUGAGUUUAUUCCCACCACUACUAUAGAAUAUGUCAAUAGCUUAGUAUUUCUUGAUGAAAUUCAGGAACGGAUUGAAAGCCUCGAAGACGAAGCGAACGUAGUGGUUCAGAUGUACAAGCUCAUUGACCAAUACCAGGUGCUCACGCCUCCUGAAGACUUCGCUGUUUUCGCCACCAUGAAGCCGUCCAUCACCGCCGUUCGCAACGCCAUCGAUAAGUCCGUGGGCGAUAGAGAAGCAAGCAUUAAGCAAUUUUGCCAGCAUUUGGGUAGAGAUCUUGAAGAGCUAAAUAAUGAAGUGAAUGAAAUUAAGCUGCAAGUACAGGAUCCACAGAUUCUCGAUAUUGCUGCUGACCAAGACAAAAUCAAGCUCACAUUGCGUGACCUGCAGUAUGUUAUAGAUGACCUUCAAAAACGUGCUUUUCAGUAUAAAUCCUAUCAGAAGAAUUUCAAGGUUGAAGUGUCCAAGUUUGAAGCUUUGGAAGAAGUCAGUGCUGAACUGAAGCUCAAACAAUUGCUCUGGGAUUCCUUAUCAGAUUGGGAUAAACUUCAGCAAGAAUGGUCAAAGUCCAAAUUUGACUACCUGGAUACAGAAGUCCUGAACACUCAGGUUACUAAAUAUGCCAAAUUCGUGAGUCAAUUAGAAAAAGGCUUGCCGCCCAACAAUGUUGUGCCCCAGCUCAAAAGCAAUGUGGAAAAGAUGAAAGAAAAGCUCCCAGUUAUCAUGGACUUGAGAAACCCAACUCUGAAGCCUAGACAUUGGGCAGCGAUUGAACAUACCAUUGACGCCUCCCUGGUGGAUUCUGAAAUUCCGCUAACCUUGGAGAGGCUCUCAGAACUGCAUGUGUUUGAAUAUGGCCAAGAAAUCCAGGACAUAUCUGGACAGGCUUCUGGAGAAGCUGCCUUAGAAACAAUUCUUAAAAAGGUGGAGGAUUCUUGGAAAACAACCGAAUUUGUCAUUCUGCCUCUUCGUGACUCCAAAGACAUAUUUAUCCUGGGCGGCACAGAUGACAUACAGGUCCUUCUUGACGAUAGCACCAUCAACAUUGCCACCAUUGCCUCAUCCCGUUAUGUGGGUCCUCUGAAGACUCGAGUGGAUGAGUGGCAGAAACAGCUGGCUUUAUUUAACCAGACCUUGGAAGAGUGGCUGACCUGCCAAAGAAACUGGCUUUACCUGGAAAGUAUUUUUAAUGCUCCAGAUAUUCAGAGGCAGCUGCCUGCAGAGGCCAAGAUGUUCCUGCAGGUGGACAAAUCGUGGAAAGAAAUCAUGAGGAAGGUGAACCGGCUGCCUAAUGCUCUUCGCGCUGCUACUCAACCAGGUUUCAGUGAUGUUUCCAAUCCCAUAGCUUUGUUACAAAGCAUGUUUACAUUCAGUUGUGCCAUCCUGGUAAAGAAGCGUUCAGGACAAAGGGGGCGGAAAGUGUUUUACUUCUUGUCAAACGAUGAGCUUCUGGAGAUUCUGGCGCAGACCCGAAAUCCGCAAGCUGUGCAGCCGCACUUGAGGAAGUGCUUCGACUCCAUUUCAAGGCUGGAAUUUGCUCUCAUGCCUCCCACUGAAGGAAAAAUCGCUGGCAUGGAUGCAGAGCCAGAAAAGGUUUAUACAAAUGAUAUUCUGGCCAUGCUGUCACCAGAGGGAGAAAGGGUAGGAAGCUAUUCUGGCUCCAAGGCAGAGCGGCACAUGGCAGAGUGGCUGGGUAAAGUGGAAGAAGCUAUGUUCACGUCCCUGCGUCGCCUGUGCAAAGCUGCCAUCGCCGAUUAUCAGGGGAAACCAAGGACAGACUGGGUGGUUGCUGGCCACCCUUCUCAGGUUAUCCUGACCAUUUCUCAAAUUAUGUGGUGCCGGGAUUUGACUGAGUGUCUAGAAUUGGAAGACAGUAACCAUGUAGAGGCCCUAGAAGCUUUUGAAAAAGUGAAUUUUGAGAGAUUAAAUGCCCUGGCCGCACUGGUUAGAGGAAACCUUCCUAAAUUACACAGAAACAUCAUAACUGCAUUGAUUACUAUUGAUGUGCAUGCAAGAGAUAUAGUCACUGAACUUGUGCAAGACAAGGUGGACACAGUUGACUCCUUUGAGUGGCAGCGACAACUGCGCUAUUAUUGGCUUGUGGACCUGGAUAACUGUGUGGCUAGAAUGGCACUCUCUCAGUACACAUAUGGUUAUGAAUAUUUGGGAGCAUGCCCAAGAUUGGUUAUUACUCCUCUCACGGACCGCUGCUAUCUUUGCCUCAUGGGAGCUUUGCAGCUCGACCUGGGAGGUGCACCAGCUGGGCCUGCUGGCACCGGGAAGACAGAGACCACCAAAGACCUGGCAAAAGCUCUUGCCAUCCAGUGCGUGGUCUUUAACUGUUCUGAUGGUCUGGACUACAAGAUGAUGGGGCGCUUCUUCAGCGGCUUGGCGCAGUCAGGGGCCUGGUGCUGCUUCGAUGAAUUUAAUCGAAUUGACAUUGAAGUUCUGUCAGUCAUCGCACAGCAGCUCGUUACCAUUAGGAACGCCAAAGCUGCAAAGCUCUCUAGAUUCAUGUUCGAGGGGCGGGAAAUAAAAUUGAUUAUGACUUGCGCAGCCUUCAUCACCAUGAAUCCUGGAUAUGCAGGCAGAACCGAAUUGCCAGACAAUUUGAAAGCUCUGUUCAGACCUUUUGCAAUGAUGGUUCCCAAUUAUGCUUUGAUUGCAGAGGUAAUCCUGUAUUCUGAAGGAUUUGAAUCCAGCAAAGUACUAGCAAGGAAAAUGACCCAGAUGUAUAAGCUCUGCAGUGAACAGCUGUCACAGCAGGAUCACUAUGACUUCGGCAUGAGAGCCGUGAAGUCUGUGCUGGUCAUGGCUGGGUCUUUGAAAAGGGAGAACCCAGACCUAAGUGAAGACGUAGUGUUGAUCAGAGCUUUGCGAGACUCCAACUUGCCCAAGUUUCUAACAGACGAUGCUCUUCUCUUCAGUGGAAUCAUAUCUGACCUUUUCCCUGGAGUCCAAAUUCCAGAACACGACUAUGGUAUUUUACAGUCAACAAUUGUGGAUGUCAUGAAUGGACAAAACCUUCAGCCUGAGAUAUGUAUGGUUAAAAAAGUGAUCCAGUUCUACGAAACCAUGCUUGUGAGGCAUGGCGUUAUGUUAGUAGGGCCAACAGGAGGAGGCAAGACUACAGUUUACCAAAUACUAGCAGAAACUUUAGGGAAUUUACAGAAACUUGACCUAGGCAAUCCCUUUUAUCAAGCAGUGAAAACUUAUGUUCUUAAUCCUAAAUCAAUAACAAUGGGUGAGCUAUAUGGUGAAGUUAAUAAUAUAACGCUGGAAUGGAAAGAUGGCUUGAUGGCGCUAAGUGUCCGAGCAGCUGUGAAUGACACUUCAGAAGACCAUAAAUGGAUCAUCAGCGAUGGGCCAGUGGACGCGCUUUGGAUUGAAAAUAUGAAUACGGUGUUGGAUGACAACAAGAUGCUGUGCCUGGCUAACAGUGAAAGAAUCAAACUCACGCCUCAAAUCCACAUGCUGUUUGAGGUGCAAGACCUAAGGGUUGCCUCCCCUGCAACCGUCAGCCGGUGUGGGAUGGUGUUCGUGGAUCCUGAAGAACUGAAAUGGUUGCCCUGUGUGAAGACUUGGAUGAAUGGUAUUUCUAAAAGAUUUCAGCUGAAUGAGGAAACCCAAGGAUACAUACUGAAUCUUUUCCAGCGUUAUGUUGAUGAAGGCUUAAAUUUUAUCAAUAAAAAGUGCAACCAAGCAAUCUCACAAGUGGACAUCAGCAAAGUUACUACACUCUGUUGCUUACUGGAGUCUUUGCUAUUUGGCAAAGAUGGAAUUAACUUGUCAAUGGAGAAAACCAAACUGAACACUGUGAUAUGUCAGACUUUUGUAUUCUGUUAUUUAUGGUCUGUGGGUGGAAACUUAACUGAAAACUACUGGGAUUCUUUUGAUACGUUUAUUAGAACACAAUUUGAUGAUAAUCCUGAUGCCAGGCUCCCCAGCUCUGGCGACCUCUGGAGCAUUCACGUGGACUUUGACACCAAGCGGCUGGAUCCUUGGGAACGGAUCAUACCUACCUUCAAGUACAGCCGGGAUGUCCCGUUCUUCGAAAUGCUCGUCCCCACAACCGACACCGUGCGCUUCGGGUAUCUAAUGGAGAAACUGCUGGCGGUCAAGCAUUCCGUGUUGUUUACUGGAAUAACUGGAGUUGGCAAGUCUGUUAUUGCCAAAGGAUUGUUAAACAGAAUUCAAGAAUCAGCUGGCUAUGUCCCUGUUUAUCUAAAUUUUUCCGCACAAACUUCAUCUUCAAGAACACAAGAGAUUAUUGAAUCAAAACUGGAAAGAAAAAGAAAAAAUAUUCUAGGAGCCCCAGGAAACAAACAAGUGGUGAUUUUUGUGGACGACUUGAACAUGCCCAGGCUGGAUCGCUAUGGCUCUCAACCUCCAAUUGAAUUACUUCGGCAGUAUCAGGACUUUGGUGGAUUCUACGACAGAAACAAACUCUUUUGGAAAGACAUACAGGACGUGACCAUCGUAUCAGCAUGUGCGCCUCCCGGAGGAGGCCGCAACCCUGUGACCCCCCGCUUCAUCCGCCACUUCAGCAUGUUCUGCCUCCCGACGCCCUCGGAGCACAGCCUGAAACAAAUUUUUCAGGCCAUCUUAAAUGGCUUCCUGAGUGACUUCACACCAGCUGUAAAGCAAACCGCAUCAAACAUUGUAGAAGCUGCAGUUGAGAUUUAUAACCGAAUGAGUGUCGACCUCCUGCCCACACCAGCCAAGUCCCACUAUGUCUUUAACCUGAGGGACCUAUCGAAAUGCGUGCAAGGUAUUCUCCAGUGCGAUUCAGGAACAAUAAGAGAAGAACUUCAGAUAUUUAGACUCUUUUGCCAUGAGUGUCAAAGAGUCUUCCACGAUCGUUUGAUUAAUAAUGAAGACAAAGAAUACUUCCAUGUUAUUUUGACAGAAAUGGCCAAUAAACACUUUGGAAUUGCAAUUGGCCUGGAAUAUUUUUUAAAGAAACCCAUCAUCUUUGGAGACUUCAUUAAGUUUGGCAUAGAGAAGACUGAACGGAUUUAUGAUGAUAUGCCUGAUAUGGAGAAAAUUGCAAAUGUUCUACAGGACUAUCUGGAUGACUACAACCUUAUAAACCCAAAAGAAGUAAAGUUGGUGUUCUUCCAGGAUGCCAUAGAACAUGUGUCAAGGAUUGCCCGGAUGAUCCGCCAGGAAAGAGGCAAUGCCCUGCUGGUCGGUGUGGGAGGCACAGGAAAGCAGUCUCUCACGAGACUUGCAGCUCAUAUCUGUGGUUACAAAUGUCUGCAGAUCGAACUUAGCCGGGGAUAUAAUUAUGAUACUUUUCAUGAGGACCUGAGGAAGCUGUACAAAAUGGCUGGUGUAGAGGAUAAAAAUAUGGUUUUCCUUUUCACAGACACCCAGAUAGUAGUGGAAGAGUUCCUAGAGGACAUAAAUAACAUCCUGAACUCAGGCGAAGUGCCCAAUUUAUUUGAAAAGGAUGAACUGGAGCAGGUUUUAGCAGCCACCAGGCCAAAAGCAAAGGAAGUCGGAAUCUCUGAGGGAAACAGAGAUGAGGUGUUUCAGUACUUUAUCAGCAGAGUCCGUCAGAAGCUACACAUUGUCCUCUGCAUGAGCCCAGUUGGAGAGGCCUUCCGGUCCCGAUGCAGGAUGUUCCCCUCCCUCGUGAACUGCUGCACCAUUGACUGGUUUGUCCAGUGGCCCAAAGAAGCACUUCUUUCUGUAUCAAAGACGUUUUUCUCAGCUGUGGACCCUGGCAAUGAAGAACUGAAAGAGAAGCUUUCUCUCAUGUGCGUCAACGUGCACCUGAGCGUCUCCCAGAUGGCAGACCGCUACUACGCCGAGCUCCGCCGGCGCUACUACACAACGCCCACCUCCUACCUGGAGCUCAUCAACCUCUACCUGUCGAUGCUGACCGAGAAAAGGAAGCAGUUGGUUUCAGCACGAGAUCGGGUGAAGAAUGGUCUCACCAAGCUGUUAGAAACAAACGUGUUAGUAGAUAAAAUGAAAUUAGACCUUUCCGCUUUAGAACCUGUGCUCCUCAUAAAAUCACAAGAUGUUGAGGCCCUAAUGGAAAAAUUGGCUGUGGAUCAAGAAAGCGCUGACCAGGUCCGCAAUAUUGUGCAAGAUGAAGAGGCAAUAGCAAAAGUGAAAGCUGAGGAAACCCAAGCAAUAGCUGACGACGCUCAAAGAGAUCUUGAAGAAGCUCUACCUGCACUCGAAGCUGCCAAUAAGGCCCUGGAUUCUUUAGAUAAAGCCGAUAUAUCUGAAAUCAGAGUUUUUACAAAGCCGCCAGAUUUGGUCAUGACUGUAAUGGAAGCAAUCUCUAUUCUCUUAAAUGCCAAGCCUGAUUGGCCAACAGCAAAGCAGCUUCUUGGUGAUUCUAACUUCCUAAGAAGGCUUUUAGAAUAUGACAAGGAGAACAUAAAGCCUCAGAUACUGGCAAAGCUUCAGAAGUAUAUUAAUAACCCUGACUUUGUGCCCGAGAAAGUAGAAAAAGUAUCCAAAGCGUGUAAGUCGAUGUGCAUGUGGGUAAGAGCAAUGGAUCUGUAUUCGCGCGUACUCAAGGAGGUCGAACCCAAAAGACAAAAACUCCGCGCAGCUCAGGCUGAACUUGAUGUUACAAUGGCUACCCUCAGAGAAAAGCAAGCAUUACUAAAACAAGUGGAAGGUCAAAUACAAGCCUUGCGAGAUGAAUAUGACAAAGGUGUAAAUGAAAAAGAAAGUUUGGCAAAGACCAUGGCCCUGACGAAAGCGCGCCUGGUGCGCGCAGGAAAGCUGACGGCUGCGCUGGGAGACGAGCAGGUUCGGUGGGAAGAGAGCAUCCAGAAAUUCGAGGAGGAGAUUUCGAACAUCACUGGGAACGUGUUCAUAGCCGCGGCCUGCGUGGCUUACUACGGAGCCUUCACGGCCCAGUACAGGCAAAUGCUUAUAGAGUGCUGGAUAGAGUACUGCCAGCAACUGCAGGUCCCAAUCGACCCCUCCUUCAGUCUCAUUAACAUUCUUGGAGAUCCCUAUGAGAUACGGCAAUGGAACGCAGACGGUCUGCCCCGGGACUUGAUCUCAACAGAAAAUGGCAUUCUGGUUACUCAGGGGAGACGGUGGCCUUUGAUGAUUGAUCCCCAAGACCAGGCGAACCGCUGGAUAAGGAACAAGGAAAACAAAAGCGGCUUAAAGAUCAUUAAGCUUACAGAUCGGAAUUUCUUACGAACACUUGAAAAUUCUGUCCGACUUGGUUUACCUGUCUUACUGGAAGAGCUCAAGGAAACCCUGGAUCCGGCUCUAGAGCCCAUUCUUUUGAAGCAAAUUUUCAUGAGCGGUGGACGGUUACUCAUUCACCUUGGAGACUCAGACAUUGAUUACGACAAGAACUUCAGGUUCUAUAUGACCACCAAGAUGUCAAAUCCCCACUACCUGCCUGAGGUGUGCAUUAAAGUCACCAUCAUCAACUUCACUGUAACCAAGUCGGGUCUGGAGGAUCAGUUGUUAAGUGACGUGGUACGGCUGGAAAGACCAGAGUUGGAAGAACAAAGAGUUCAGCUCAUCGUGAGGAUCAACAGUGAUAAAAACCAGUUGAAAGCCAUCGAAGACAAAAUCCUAAGAAUGCUCUUUACAUCUGAAGGAAAUAUUUUGGACAACGAAGAACUCAUUGACAUGCUCCAGGAGUCCAAGAUCACUUCCGGGGCCAUCAAAGUCAGGCUGGAAGAAGCAGAGUCCACGGAGCAGAUGAUCAACGUGGCUCGGGAGAAGUACCGGCCAGUGGCCACUCAAGGUUCUGUCAUGUACUUUGUCAUCGCGAGCCUCUCCGAGAUGGAUCCUAUGUAUCAGUACUCACUGAAAUAUUUUAAGCAGUUGUUCAAUACCACAAUUGAAACUUCUGUGAAGACAGAUGAUCUACAGCACCGCCUGCAAAUACUGCUAGAGCAAACCCUUCUGAACGCCUAUGUCAAUAUCUCACGGGGACUUUUUGAACAACACAAGCUCAUCUACAGCUUUAUGCUCUGUGUUGAUAUCAUGCGGCAGCAAGGGUCCCUAACCGAAGCCGAAUGGAAUUUCUUCCUUCGAGGUUCUUCAGGAAUGGAAAAGGAACGCCCUCCUAAGCCGGAAGCUCCCUGGCUGUCCACUGCCAUGUGGUUUGCAUGCUGUGACUUGGAAGAAUCCUUCCCAGUUUUUCAAAAACUUACAGAAUACAUAUUGCAACACCCCAUUUCCAUAUGCUUAGGCUCUUUCGAAACCUCUAUUAAUCCACCAGUAUGGGAGGGCUACCCUCAUUCGAAACACGAAGAGCAUGCCACGACACAGGAGAAGGGGACUGCACAGCAGGACUCUUGGAUCUCAGAACUGAGUUCUUUCCAAAAGUUAAUUCUUGUUAAAUGUUGUAAAGAAGAAAAGGUGGUUUUUGCUGUUACAGACUUUGUGAUAGAAAAUCUUGGAAAACAGUUUAUAGAGACCCCCCCUGUGGACCUGGCUACCCUGUAUCAAGACAUGUCAUAUAGCACCCCUCUGGUGUUCAUCCUGAGCACAGGCUCAGAUCCCAUGGGCACGUUUCAGAGGUUCGCCAGGGAAAGUGGAUAUGCAGAACGAGUGCAGUCAAUUUCCCUGGGGCAAGGACAAGGACCCAUUGCUGAGAAAAUGAUCAAAGACGCAAUGAAAUCGGGAAACUGGGUCUUUUUGCAAAACUGCCACCUUGCUGUCUCUUGGAUGUUAGCGAUGGAAGAACUAAUUAAAACUUUCACAGAUCCAAAUAACACUAUCAAGGACACGUUCCGGCUCUUUCUGAGCUCCAUGCCCAGUAGCACGUUUCCUGUUACCGUGCUCCAAAAUUCUGUCAAGGUCACCAAUGAGCCCCCGAAAGGCCUGCGUGCAAACAUCAGGCGAGCAUUUACUGAAAUGACACCUUCAUUUUUUGAAGAAAAUAUACUUGGAAGAAAAUGGAGACAAAUAAUCUUUGGCAUCUGUUUCUUCCACGCCAUUGUUCAGGAAAGAAAGAAGUUUGGACCCCUUGGUUGGAAUAUUUGCUAUGAAUUUAACGACAGUGACAGGGAAUGUGCUUUACUCAAUCUCAACCUCUACUGCCAAGAAGGAAAGAUUCCCUGGGAUGCACUAAUUUAUAUUACUGGUGAAAUUACAUAUGGCGGAAGAGUUACCGACACGUGGGACCAGAGAUGCCUUCGUACAGUCUUGAAAAGAUUCUUUUCUCCUGAAACCUUAGAAGAUAAUUAUAAAUAUUCUGAAUCAGGCAUCUAUUUUGCACCCUCUGCUGACAACCUACAAGACUUUAAGGACUACAUUGAAAAUCUACCUUUAAUAGAUGACCCAGAAAUUUUCGGAAUGCAUGAAAAUGCCAAUCUUGUUUUCCAGUACAAAGAGACCAACACUUUAAUUAACACCAUAUUGGAGGUUCAGCCAAGAUCAUCUUCUGGUGGAGAGGGGAAAAGCAAUGAUGAAAUCGUCCAAGAGCUUGUUGCUUCUAUGCGGACCAGAGUUCCAGAAAAGCUGAUGAUGGAGGGCGCUUCUGAGAGCCUUUUCGUCAAGGACCCUCAAGGACGGCUGAAUUCCUUGACCACUGUCCUCAGCCAGGAAGUAGACCGGUUUAACAACCUACUGAAGCUGAUCCACACUUCUCUAGAAACACUCAGUAAAGCCAUUGCUGGAUUUGUAGUGAUGUCUGAAGAAAUGGAAAAGGUGUAUAACAGCUUCCUCAACAACCAAGUUCCUUCUCUGUGGUCCAACACAGCCUACCCUUCCCUGAAGCCACUAGGAUCAUGGGUCAAGGACCUUAUUUUAAGGACUGCAUUUGUGGAUCUGUGGCUCAAAAGAGGACAGCCCAAGUCCUUCUGGAUCUCCGGUUUCUUCUUUCCUCAAGGAUUUCUAACAGGAACUCUUCAAAACCAUGCUCGGAAAUACAACCUGCCUAUUGAUGAACUGAGUUUCAAGUACAACGUGGUUCCUACCUACAGGGAUCAAGCUGCAGUGAUAGAAGCUGCCAAGACAGUGCAGUUUGGACAAGAACUGCCCAUGGACCUGCAGCUGCCCUCUCCCGAGGACGGCGUCCUUGUUCACGGGAUGUUCAUGGAUGCUUCUCGGUGGGAUGAUAAUGAGAUGGUCAUCGAAGACGCACUGCCAGGACAGAUGAAUCCCAUGCUGCCUGUGGUGCAUUUUGAGCCACAACAGAACUAUGAGCCAGCCCCAACACUGUACCACUCCCCACUCUACAAAACAGGAGCUCGGGCAGGAACCCUGUCGACCACAGGCCACUCAACCAACUUCGUGGUGACUGUCCUCUUACCAUCUAAGCGGUCCAAAGACUACUGGAUUGCCAAGGGAUCUGCUCUGCUCUGCCAGCUAAAUGAGUGAAAAGGGGGGCUGGGAAGAUGGCUCAGUG